AUGGAAGCGCAGAUGCCAUUCAUCAGAAAUCUCGCAUCGAGUGAUCGCAAACUACGCACCACAUCACUCGACUCCUUGAAACUGUUCCUCUCAUCGCGCACAUGCCUCACCCAGACCGACGCCCUGAAGCUGUGGAAGGGUCUCUACUACGCCAUGUGGAUGACGGACCGACCCAUCCCCCAGCAGCGUCUGGCCGCGGACCUCGGCCGGCUCGCCGACGACGCGCCCAUCCGCUCGCCCGCCGACAAGGCCACCUGGUUCUCAGCCUUCUGGGACGUCCUGGGCCAGCAGUGGUCGUCGAUUGACAAGCACCGUCUGGACAAGUUCCUCAUGCUCGUCCGUCGCGUUCUGGCCGCCAACCUGCGCCUCGCGUCGCAGGAGGAGGACGUCGCUGCCGUGCUGACGAGCUGGCCCUUGGACAAGGAGGGUGACCUGCGUGCCGUGCCGCUCGGCCUGAGGCUGCACGUGCUCGAUAUCCUGGUCGACGAGCUGGAGCGCGAGGCGUGCCUCGAGAAUGACGAGUUCGUCCAGAAGAUUGGCCAGGUGCUCCAGAGUCUCUACGGGUGUCCCAUCAAGCAGGUCAGGGAACGCUCGCGCGAGACGUACAGCGACGAGAGGUUACCCUGGGCCGAGAAGAAGGCGGACGAGGACAGGCAGGACGUGGAUGGUGACGAUGACGACGACGAGUGGGGUGGCUUCGACGACUAG